ACUGAUAGGCAGACACGCCGAAAGGGUUAAGCCCUUCUCUUUCCCUCCCUCCUCUCUGCAGAGAAGAACAGGCGGAGUUACCUUCACACACAGUUGUUGUAUGCAAGAGUACAGUCACCGUGCGCGGACCGUGGGACACACAGAGCGCAAAAAAAACCCCAAAAACAAAACGGCGCUAAACGGGCUGAACAUGAGUCGUCGGACCUCAGACUGUGCGAGUUGGAAACUGGUCCCAGUACCGAACUGAAGCCCCCGGUAGCGCCUCUCCGGCUCCAGAUGGGAGGUUAUUAUGCCCGGGGUAAGCGUGUCCGUGCGAAGUUUGUCUGAAGUGGAGAAAUACCUCAGCAGCCGGAUGGACCGGAACACAGAGGCCGGAUUCCUCGGCCUGCCUCUAUCGAUGCGUCGGGGUUCUUCGUACAACAACCUGGAUCUGGACUUCAACGACGGGAGCCCCUGCCAGGCUCUCGUCUCGGAGGUCCACCGGAGUCGCUCCUGCCUGGACAACCUCCAGCAGAAGAUCCUGAAAGUCACGGAGCAGCUGAAGAUCGAGCAGGCCGCCAGAGAUGAGAACGUGGUGGAGUAUCUAAAGCUGGUGAACAGCGUGGACAAGCAGCAGCUGGGGCGCAUCAAGCAGGUGUUUGAGAAGAAGAACAACAAGUCGUCACAGAACAUCGCGCAGAUGCAGAAGAAGCUGGAGCAGUACCAUCGAAAGAUGAAGGACAGCGAGGUCCUUCAAAGCCCACCGUCCCGGCCGCCUUUGGCCAAACGCAGCACCAUACCCAGGGAGUCACCUCGACAGCUGAGGGACAUGACCAGCAGCGGGCGCCACCCGACCAUGGACAAGAUCAAAACCAUCGGGCCCGGCGUUUCUCUCUCCCCUCCUUUCUUCUUCAGCAAGCCCAGGGAGUUUGCCAACCUCAUCCGGAACAAAUUUGGCAGCGCAGAUAACAUUGCUCAGCUCAAAAGCAACUUGGACGCGUCAUCCGACGGCGCGGGGAAGGGGCUAAGCAGCAGCACGUCUUUGGUGAGCAAGGCCAAGUAUCCCAGCGACGACGAAUGCUCCUCAAUUUCAGCAGACAGCAAUGGGAACCUCGGCAUGGGUGGAGCCGUGGCGGGGCAGGGGCAACAGCCGGGGGGAGACGGCCAGGGCAGGUUGGAGCUGUGCUUCGAGGAGGUGAGAGAGAUGAGAGAGGUCCAGAGCCAGCUGGAGGAAGAGAUGGAUGAGAUUAAAGAGCAGUUCAAGAGGGAGUACGGUAUUCUGAGCCAAACACUACAAGAGGAGAGGUACAGGUAUGAGCAUCUGGAGGAUCAGCUGAACGACCUGACAGAACUUCAUCAAAACGAGAUGGCAAAUCUGAAGCAGGAGCUGGCCAGCAUAGAGGAGCGGGUGGCUUACCAGGCCCAGGAAAGAGCCCGAGACAUACAGGAAGCCCUGGAGUCGUGUCAGACUCGCGUCUCGAAGCUGGAGCUCCAGCAGCAGCACCAGCAGCAAACGGUGCAGCUCGAGAGCCCAGAUGCUCGGGUCUUACUGGGGAAGAGCAUUAACAUCAUGCUAGCCAUCAUCACCGUCAUCCUGGUGUGCGUCUCCACCGCUGCCAAGUUCGCCGCUCCGCUGAUGAAGAGCCGGUAUCACAUGGUUGCGACGCUGCUGUGCUUGUGCUUUCUGACCGUGUUCUGGAAGAACUGGGACCGUUUACAGUAUGCCAUAGACAGACUGCUGAUGGCCGAUUAACAACGAGAAGAUCACUCUGAAACUAUGAUCGACUUAAUCACCUUUAGUUGCAAUGGGCGUCUAGAAGAUUGGUUGUACAAUCUUCUUGGACACGAUCGCCGUCACCUUUAGAGGUUUGCGUUUUUAAAGACCGAUUUAAAUUGAAUUUCUUUUUUUUUGUUUGUUUGUUUGAAUGGAAUUUGAAUGUGUUUAACUCUGCUAAACUAUAAAAAAAAGUACUAUUUUUAUGUUUCAGUCAAUUUUGCUACUUUCUCAUUGAAAUUUUCACAUAAUAUUUUAGGUCAAAGCCAGAAUUAAACAAGGUGAGAAAGCUUGUUUACUGAAGAAAAAUACAGCCCAUUCCGUCCCAUUUUGUUGCAGUCGGAUUAUGACUCAACAUGAUUGGAAACACACUCAGGAACAAGAUGUUGCUAAUACCAAUAGUCACUUUUUGGUCUAAAAGAGUGGUUGGGCACCUUAAAAAUACUCUUCCUUUGUUUUUGCUAAGUUCUUAGCUUAGCAUUAAGACACCAGCAAAUUGCUAAGUUAAGGAUCUCAAAACUCACAAACUAGAUUCUACCCCAAAUUGUAAACUAGAACCAAAAACACUCUGUUUUUAGAGGUUUGUUUUGAAAAUACUUUAAAAAUACACCUUUCUGCUUUCUCUCAACUGCUAACACACUGCUUACUUUAGCAGCAAGUAAGACUAACUUUGCAUCACAUUAGUCAUGGUUUGCUAUUUUGAUCACGUCUAUUAAGACAAAAAUGCUCCCUAAAAGAUAUAAACUACAACAACUUUUAAAUUCUGAUGGGUUUGGUUUCCAGGCAUUUCUAAUAUUCACUUUCCUCUACUUACCUCUAAUUGUCUGUGCAGGUCAGCAGUUGGCUGAGUUUAGUGAUGAAUAAGCAACAAAUUGCUAAGCUUCUAAUUUGACUGUUACAUAUUUGGCAUUUUAAAAAAUAUGGAGAAAGUCUGAAUUUUAGAAAUUUUGAACAGUGCUAGGCUAGAAGCUUUCACCUAUUUUAAAUAUUUGUUAGAUAAGCAAUUAGACUUCUGUCUUUGAAAAUUUUGAAAUAAGCUGUUUAGAGGAGGAAGAGAUCAUUUCUAAUUUAUUUUUAUCUAAAAGCGAAAUUGGAUACUUGCACAAAUACGCCUACCUGCUUCCUUCUUGCUGGUAACCUAAAUGUAGCUUAGUAUCAAAUUUGAAACACAUUCCUGAACUAGCUAAGCUAAACAAACACAUUGAGGUCCUCAAGUGAGUUGUUCAAAUUCAGCAAGCCAACAUCAGAAACUAUUGUUUGCCGACACGUUUAAAAUACACUUACUUGCUUGUUAGCUUGUGCUAAUAGCUAUUUAGCGGAGUUCUGCUAACAAAACGCCAUCAAAUUGCUAAGCUAACCUCAUUUGACAGACUCAAAAGACAUGUUCUCCAAAAUAUGCAAAGUAGAAACAGAGGCUCUCAAUUUAGAAGUUUGAUUUGCAGAUUUUGUUGCGUUUGGACAGAACUCUUGUCAGCAACUUGCUUUUCACCGUAUGUGUGAGCUACGCUAUCAGACUGCUGCUUUCCCAAGUAUCGAACUAUUUAAGGGAGAAACUACAGACUAAAGCUAAUGUGUCUGGGCAUCAUUCUUAGUCCCUGUUACCGUUUGCAUUGUGUUCAUCUGUCUCAUUUAACUGUUGCUGUUUAAUGUGCAAUAUAUUUGAUGUCUUGGAGCACUGUUUUUCUUUUUUUUUUUUAAAUAAUUCUUAAAGAAGUGAGCGUUUUACAUUACCAAUUUACAGCGGUGACAGGGGUUUAUUGCUGAAGAAACCUGUAAAGAAGUUGUCAUCACUGCUGACAUGAGAGAUCCAUAAACAUCUAACCCACUGCUGGACUCUGAUAAAACCAGCCGUCUCCUCUCUUAAAGGCCAAAAAUCAAUGGAGCUGCAUUAUCUUGCUGGUAGCCUGGUAACAACAACACAGCGGUACUCCAGUGGAGCCACAGACACAGACACACACACAAAUGCACAAAAAGGCACAAACCCACAUCUUGUUGCUUGGUUUUUUUAUGUUAUAAAGUCUUAAGGGCUUACCCAGUUUCAUUACUCUGUUUUCUAAUAAUGUAACGUGGAGCGGGUGGAUUAUACUGUGAGAUGGGGCUUUUGUUUCUUACAACUAAGGGCAGUUCUUUUUAAUAAACUGCCUCGAGUUUCAGAGGAAAGCGUCACUGUGUUUUGUGAUUAACUACAAGCCAAUGUUUUUGGAAUCACUAAUGUAAUGUUUUAUGUUUAUCUUACGAGCAUCGUCUAGAAGGACAGCACAUAAAUGUAUGAGGACCACUGAUGUUUCGAAAUCCGUAGUAGCACAGUUUUUGUCACGGUUUGUUGCACCUUUUUUAUAGAUUAAAUUUGUUCUUGUUUGUUUCUUUUUGACACAUUUGAGGAAGUUUCUCCAUGCAGAGCUAUGAUCUCGUUUACAUUCUGUAUUUUUCUCUGGUGCACUGUGGUCAAUCAGUUGUAUGUUUAUGCAUUCUGUGCCUUUGUCUGAUCAUUUCUGUUAAAUUAAACAAACCUUUUUAAUCAACAUGUUACACAGGUUUAAAA